CUUUGGGCUGCCCUCUCGCUGUGCUUAAACUAAAGACUGCCGCCGCAUCCUGCGCCGCCUGGGACACCCUCGGAAAGCCGCCGAGUGGCCGCUUCGCCGCGUGUGCCGCCUGGGCACGCGCGGAGCUUUGGACCAGGAUGGCCUGCAUGGGCAUGGACCUGGACUGCGGGCUGGUCGACGCGCUCACGCAGUCCUUCCAGGGGCCCGCCGCGGCGCGGCCCGUGGGCGCGCCGUCGGCGGACCACCCGUCGCCGGCGUCGACGCUCAACUCCGCCGCGCACCGCGUGUCGAGCGACGACAGCGCGGCGCAGUGCUCCAUCUUCUCGGACGGCUCGGCGACGCCCUGCGACGUGCGGCGCGACUACGAGCUCGGCGCCGAGAUCGGCGCGGGCCACUUCGGCCGCGUCUUCGCCUGCGACCGCCGCGCGGACGGGCGCAAGUUCGCCUGCAAGCAGCUCGCGACGCGGCUCGUGCGCGACGUUUUGAGUGUGCGGCGCGAGGUCGCGAUCAUGCGGCGGCUGGCCCACCGGCACGUGCUAAGAAUUGAGGCGGUCUACGAGCACCGGAACAGCGCGUGGAUCGUGUCGGAGCUCUGCGAGGGCGGCGACCUGCUCCAGUUCCUGGUGCGCGAGGGCGGGUCGCUGCACGAGCCGGCGGCGCAUCAGAUCAUGAAGCAGCUGCUCUCGGCCGUCACGGCCUGCCACGCCGUCGGCGUCGUGCACCGCGACCUCAAGCCCGAGAACGUCAUGCUCUCGUCGAAGACGGGCCCGCCCGACAUCCGCGUGGUGGACUUCGGGCUGUCGUGCAUCUACACGAAGGACGGCGCGCGGCAGCUGCACCGCCUCGCGGGCACGCCCUACUACAUGGCCCCCGAGAUCCUGGGCAAGGCCCGGGCGGGCUACGGGCCGGCCUGCGACUUGUGGUCGUGCGGCGUCGUGCUCUACUUCCUCAUCGCCGGGAAGCCGCCCUUCGCGCCGGACGACCACAACUGCCCGUCGCGGACACGCAAGCGCAAGCGCAAGGCGGACCUCGAGGACCUGACGCAGAAGGUGAUGCGGGGCGCCGUCGACCUCGAGACGGGGUGCUGGGCCGACUGCACUUCAUCAUUGAAGGACGUGCUGCGGGGGCUGCUCAACGUCGACCCCGCGAAACGCCUGAGCGCGCCCGCGGCGCUGGCGCACCCCUGGCUCGCGACCGACGGCGAGGCCGCGCCCGCGCGGAAGGCGCCCGUCGGCGCGCGCGCCUUCACGGCCCUGGAGCGCUACGCGCGCGCGACCUUCUUCCACAAGCGCGUCUUCCACGCCCUCGCGGACACGCUGACGCUCGCGGAGCUCGCGGCCCUGCGCAAGGAGUUCGCCUACCUCGACGUCGACGGCGACGGCUUCGUGACCGUCGAGGAUCUCACCAAGGUGCUGGCGGCGCUCGAGGCCGAGGGACGGCACGCGUCGGGCACGGCGCUCGAGGUCGAGGCCGUCGUCGAGGCCUGCGACGUCGCGCGCGACCACCGCAUCUCGUACCACGAGUUCUGCGUCGCCUCGAUGCACCGGGGCGCGUACCUGCGCGAGGACCGCGUCGACCGGCUCUUCCACGAGUAUCUCGACACGAACCGCCACGACGCCCACCUCGUCACGGUGCAGUCGCUCAAGGCGCACGGCUUCGACGACGCGUCCGUGGCCGACGUCUUCGCAGCGGCCAAGGCCACGCCGGGCAAGGGCAUCUCCCGGAGCGCCUUCGCGAAGCUCCUGCGGCUCGGCGCGAUCCAUGGGGCCUCGACGCGCGGCGAGUCGCACAAGGCGCGGAGCCUGCUCGGGCACAGCCUGGACCUGACCGGCGAUUCGCCGGAGCUGGGCGUCCACCUCAAGGCGGUCUUCGACCACGAGCCCGCCGCAAAGAAGACCGAGCUCGAGCAGCGGCUGGACGUCCUGAACAUCUCGGCGACGGGCGUCCGCGUUCUCGCGCCGCGGACGAAACAGGCGAAGACCAAAUGCGGCAAAAAGCACUACUACAGACCCAAGCCCGUGAGUUUGACCAACGGCCAUUUCGCCCUCUCCGUGCGGCAAGCGCAGAUCGCGUCGAUCGAGCGUCAGAUCGAGGCGGCGAUCAAGGGCGGCACCGACACGACCGCGCUCGAGGCGACGUACCUGGCGCGCGUCGAGAUCGCCCGCGACGAGCAUCGGGCCGCCGCCGUGGACCUCCGGCGGCGGGGCGAACUCCACGCGGCCAUGGACGCGUUCCGAGAAGCGAAGCACCUGGACUUUGUAUACCAGCAUCGCAAGGCCCUCGUGGAGGCGGGCGGGCUCGGCGACGCGCCGCCGCCGCCGGAGGUGAUCGCUCGGCGGCGCCUCGAGGCGGCACACGCGCGGCUGGAUGCGAUCUCGGAGCCGCUCUCGUAAUGGGGUAUUGAAGUCUAUGUAUAGGUAGCACUGGCAAUAUUUACUCGGUUCCGCUAUGCGUCCAUACGGCCUCUCACGCGUU